AUGGCAGACUCGGACAGCUCAGAGGGUUCGGAGUUUGACCUUGCAGCUCGUAUUGCGCAAAUCGAAAAUCAGAACCCAAUCCAAGCUACAAGAAGUACACACGGGCUGAGGUCUCCGCGGGGAGAUAAAGAUUACGCAGCUCAAGAAGAGCAAGACCGUCUGUUGGCUGAGCAUCUGCAACGGGAAGAGGAUGCGACUUAUCGAACGACUGCUUCGCGCAUUGCGGAAGGGUCUGAAUCAUCUGCACCUCGAGCUGCGUCUCCUCGGGUACCGUCUCAAAAGAGUGGACGGUUAGCCAGUUUGCGGCGGGCCAUUACCAACAUCGGCACACGAGAGCAUCCUAUCGAUCUAGACCCCGAACCCGACGAGGCCAAAGUUGUUGUUCCCGAAAGGGCGCGAAUCCAAGACUAUGUGGCGCUGUAUGGAGAGCCAAUGGAUAUUGAUGGUGUAUCGCCUUUCCAUCAAUACAACGCAAGGCCGGUCGAUACGCCACAGGCGACGAGCACCUACAUGGAUGAGAGGACGCAUCUGCGGAGUCGUGAUUGCGUCGUCUGUGGCGAUAGCGUUCAUGUUAUCCGGCUAUACGCGCAACCGGAGAUCUUCCAGCAAUACGACACGUUCAUCGCCCGAGCAGCUUUCAGCGAAGAUCCCAACUUCCGAUGGUGUCGAGCGUGUGACUCCGGUCAGAUCCACAUGAGCGGUGUCGAAGGCAAUAUCUUCACAUGUGUAGCAUGUGGACACAAAGUCUGUAUCAUCCACGAGAACACAUGGCAUGAAGGCGAAACUUGUGAGGAGUUUGAAUAUCGAUCUUCUGGUCGCAAGGAGCGAGACCAGAGAGCACAAGAAGAAGCAAGUCUUCAAGCGAUCGGGAAGCUGACCAAGAAGUGUCCCGGUCCCGGAUGUACGUGGAAUAUUGAGAAGAACGAUGGCUGCGACCACAUGACAUGCUCGAAAUGCCGCUUUGAGUUUUGCUGGAUCUGUCUUUGCAACUACAACAACGUCAGGCGAGUGGGCAACUCGGCCCACACGACGACAUGCAAGUACCACACAGCAAGACUGGUGUAG